CCGGGUUCAAACAAACUUUGGUUUCACGCGCCGAUAAUUCUCCAAAGUCCAACUAUUAAGAAACUUGAAAAUUUCAAAAACGUUGAGUGAAAGUGAUGUCGAAUUUGAACAACAUUUUGUAUACAUAAAGUUUGACGUUGAGAUAUAAGGAGACAGGAAGAACAUCGAGAACAAGACAAAAUUUAUCUGCUUAGUAUUAGUAGGUAGUCAGUCCUUGAACAUUAGCGAGAUGGAGGGUUCCGUUGAUUUCAACGAUAUUCUUCAACAAGCGACUCAGCUCACGGCGGAAAUUGAGUCCACGAGAGAACUCCCGAGAGUUCAGAGAAAUCUGCGACAAGUAAUGGAAGCUGGACAACAAUUAUUGGAACGCAUAACUCGAGAUGGACCACGUUUUGAUGCAGAAACAAAAGCGGCCGUCUUUUUGGGGACGAAAGGUGUCGACGUGACAAAACUCUCCGAGAGAUUAGAUCCAAUCAAUAUCGGUUCUACGAUGGAAGCUCACGAACCCGUAUCGGAGGUCGACUUGGAAGAUUUUCUUAGAAAUGAACGGAUGAAUGCGAUGUGUGCCAUAGUCGAAGUUACCUCGGCCUCCAUCCUUGAAGAAAUCCAAGAUAAGAUUAACAUGAGGUUGCAUGAAGAUUGGCGAAGAGAAAAGGAAGAAAUAUCUACCAGACUUAGCGGUUCCUUAAAAUCCUUGCAGUUCGAGAAAGUAAUGUAUGACUACAAACCCGAUCCUGUGUCUCCACUCAGUCAAACAGAGCUAACCUACGCACACGAGAUAAAUCAGUACAAUAACACCAUCCUCAUGGGUCUUCCAAGGCCAAACCUUGUGGAAAGAUUGCAACUCGCAGCAAAAAAUUCUGGAGAUACGAAUGCUCAAGAGCUUUGGAACACCGUGUCAGCCAUGAUGUCAUCACUGCCCGUAGACACGACGGAUAAUGUUCAACGUCGAAGAUCCAGCGAACAAUUCACCAAUCUAAUGAUGACGAGAGCUAAACGGCUGUUGGAGAAAAACUUUUUUACUCGUUUGCAAACAGAGGUUUGGAGUAACAUUGGCGAAUAUAAACUUGGUGGUGUUCCUUCUGUGACACAAUUGGUGAAAAGCUACAUUUCAAUGCGCGGUUUGGAUAGCCAGGUUGGAUUGAACAUUGCUGCCGGCAACGUGGGAGCCCUUUGGCUGAUAACCUAUCUGUUACUGAGAUGUGGAAAGGCAGCGGAUGCGGCCGUGUACAUGCGAGAUCAAGUCUGCAACAAUGAAACGGCUAAACUGCUUGAAGAGUACGACAAGUCUGGAAGUACAUACUUACCAUUUGAAACAGAGUCGAAAAUCAGACUUGAAUAUAGAAGAGCUUUAAAGAAUAGUACGAGGGACCCAUAUAAAAAAGCUGUCUAUUGCAUUCUUGGAGGUUGCAACGUGGAGGAAGAUCUUACGGAUGUCGCCGUCCGUUUAGAUGACUACAUUUGGUUGAAACUUUCCAUCGUUCGACAUAAUCCUGACCAGCGUUAUGUUGUUGACUAUGUAACCUACUUUGGGUUUCAAAGGUUGAUUCACGAACAGUAUGGCGAGGUUCACUUUGAUGCCUUCAAGCAGCCGUAUGUUUAUGCUCAGGCUUUGCUACUCACUGGCCAAUUUGAAGCAGCCGUUGAUUUUAUGUCGAGAAUCGGUUCCAUGCUCACGCAUGCAAUCCACAUUGCCGUUGCCUUACACGAGUCCAACCUUUUGAUAAUUUCCACUGCCAAAGCGCCCAUGCUUUCUUCGGCUGGGACAAAUUUUCCUGAUCUCAGUGCCAUCAACUUUAGCAAAUUGGUUGUUACCUUUGCUAGAUCACUGGAAGGAAGCAACGCUCGUGGCGCCUUGAACUACUUGUACCUCCUCAAAAAUGUAAAGGAUGAAUAUGGCCAUGACUUGUUUUCAAUUUGCGUUGGAGACAUGAUUUUGGAAUCACGAGACUUUGAUGUUUUUGGAGUUGUCCGUGCUGAUGGCUGCAAGGAUCCUGGUUUACUCGAAAAAAUGGGGAUUCCUGCUCAGCCAAUUAUUGUACGAUGUGCCAUCGAGUCGGAGAACAAUGGUUUGUUGGAAGACUCUGUCGUACUGUUUGAUCUUGCUGGGGAUACUGAUCGCACAUUGAAAACACUAUGCCGCAUUAUUGCUCAGAAUAUGACCAAGAUUCCUCUCCCUGAUUCAGCACGUCAAAGAGUGCAACGACUGGCUAUUGCGUACGCAGAGAGAUUUCAGAACCAUCCUCCCAAACUGCUAAAGGACCCUAACUUGCUUACCACUUUUUUUAUGUUGGUCGAUUUUCUAACAUUUUUUGAUACUGUGUUUUCCAAACACGUUGAUUCAGCCCUUUCGAUUAUUCAAAGGCUCAAAGUUAUUCCGAUGGACCGUAGUCAGGUGGAAAAGUGUGUGAAAGACUUCCACCUAUUUCCUAGUGAAAUUCGUGAUAACAUCCCUAGCAUCGUAUCUGCUGCAAUGGAAGUGAUUCAUCUAAAGUUUAAAAGUAUCAAAACUAGCAGAAAGAACAGCUUUGCUGCUCCUGAAGUUGCUAAAACAGAAGUUUUUCUCAAUGAGUUAAGGACAAAGGCCCAUGCGAUCGUUACGUUUUGUGGGAUGAUUCCUUACUUCAUGACAAAUGACAUUUACAUAAAAAUCAUACAAAUCGAGGUCCAGAUGAAUUAAGACCAAAUUCACAAUAUUCAAAGAUUUGAUUCUUCCCAGACUUUUGUGAUCUGUACUGGAUGAUGGUUACCCAUACUCACUCGUCAUUGUUCAGCCGGCAGACCCUUCAGUCGUCUAAUUCAAUAGUUUCCUCCUUAUUAACUUCGGUUUCAAACUUGAAGUAAAUCUUUAAUAUAAUUUAAAAUGUAUAAAAAUACAAAACUUUAAUAAUAAUAAGCCUUUAUUAUCCUCAUUUGCACAUAAUUGAAUUAACUUUGCAUAGCGUACUACCUUACUUUUAAUACGUUUUUAUACAACCAAUGUUAAACUUUUAUUAGUUUAUAAAUCAUAGAAUAUAAUCAUAGAAUUCAACAGGCCGUACUCCAUGUCACAUGUGCUCCAAUAAAGUUUGAUAUCGUCAGUGA